UGGCGUGAACUCCCUGUGGUCCUCCACCACCACCACCUCCCGCACCACCUGCUCCUCCCCUCUACUCUUUAAUCCCCAUCUAGCCCCCAGGAAACCCUAGCCUCCCUUCAUCCUCUUCUCCCUCGCGCCGCCAUCUUCUCUACCCUCCAUGUCCUUUUUCUUCACGUACAGAGAAAACCCCCACUGCCUCCACCGUCCUCACCAUGGCUCCGCCUCCACAGACCACCCCUAGCCGAGCUGAGACCACCGGCGGAUGCGCCUCGUCUUCCUCUCCGUCCUCAUGCGAGGAAUCAAACCGAAACCUCUCCAAUCGCCCGCAAAAUCGCCGAUUUCGUUCCCGACCUGCCAUCGAGUUUCUUCAAUUCCGGUCGCUGCGGUGUACCUCUGGCCUCACCAACCCGUUCAAUGGCUUCCUGGACCUCGUCGUCGGCCGUUCCUCGGCGGUGCCCCGGUCUCACUUUCGCCUGCCACAGGUCCUCCACGUCGUGGUGCACCUUCGCCUUCCUCCCCUGAGCCCCGGUUCUUCCUCCCUCGAUGGAUCCCCGGUCGCCCAGAUCAUCCGCCAUGGCCAUCAUUCCCGAGCUCCGCCUAGCUUUCUUCAAAAGGUCUCGUGGCCCAAUUCUUUCAACAACAGAAGCAUCAGCGUAGUGAUCUGGUGUCACUCAUGGGACGACCCAAUCUUCUUCUGUCGCAGCCCGUCGCUAAGGUGCGCCCAGCCACGGUCCGUCGCUGCUUCGGCCUUGCCCGGCCCAGGACAUCGCAGCAUUUGCUUCUUCCCGGAUAGGAUCGCGAAGUGGUGUGGUGAGAUACGACAAGUCCUCCGGAUGUCCCUCGGCAAGCUUUAACGGGCAAGCAUUUCCCCUAUACUCCUGCCCCUGCAGGAGUCGCUCACCUAUUUUAUUUUGCCUUCUUCCUCAUGCUAUCCUUAAGUUGCGUUCUUGUCACGUGUCCUUUCCACUUGUUACCUCAAGCAGACCAUAUUGCCACCACCACCUCCUACAACUGUUGUUUGGUUAUCGGGUCUGCCUUGCGAGUCGUAGUGCAUGCUAGUGUUGUUUUAUCUCGUUACCGUUACUGCUAUCUUAUCGGGUUAUAUGUUGGGAAGAAUCAUGGUUACUUUAAUUGUUGAUAAUUGUUUAACGGAGGCAUCGGUGGGUCAGAUGCUCGUUUUGUGACGGCUCAUUUGUGUUUCCUAAAUAACCUAGGACCCCGAGUUCUUGUUAUCUGUUCCGAGACUGAGCGCUCUAACCACACGUGGGUAUGCUUACCGGGUCUCCCCUUGACCACUGCCGGAAUCUACAGCCUUGUCCAGUGGCCACAAUUAGUUUGAAUGCUUUGUUUCUCUCAGGCGUCCAAGCUUGUUUCUUUGUGGUCAGAUGAUAUGAUAUUACUUUUGGGGAAGCCAUGUUGCCUUGUAACCCCGUUGUCUCUUGCACGUCCGUAGGUGCGGCACGUAUUGUUAAGAGGUCAUCCUCUAGUGGGCUCUGAUCCUCUUAGCCGUUCUCGCAACAGCUAGGUCCGCGUCAGAGUUCCGAUCGGGCUCUGAAACGGGUUAACUUAGUUAGGUGGCUUCCUGGACAUCGUUGUCAUGAAGGAGAGUGUGUGUCGUGAUAUCCACCUGUCGUAAGUGGGUUGAUCGUGCGUGUGGGCACAUUUGGGCACCCCUGCAGGGUUACAAUCUUAUCGAUAAGCCGCGUCCGCGGUUAUGGACGAGUUGGAGCUGUAUGACUCGACCAUAGACAACUUACACCUGUUGUUUCAAUACAAAUAACUUUCAUUGUAAGACAGAACAACUUAAAUAAUAACUGGUUAAAACUUAACAACCGUGUGAGUGCCUUUGUAAGUACCUCCUUGCGAGGGGGGAACGCAUCGGCUGUGUUAUGUUUGCAGAGUAUAGAACUGUUAGUUAUGCGCUCUCUCAUCUUCUCUGAUUAGACGACUGUUGUAGAGUGUCUCUAUAGGUUUUUAGUGCUUGCGCGCUGCCGCUUAACCCCACCAUAUUGUCCAUGACGUUCCUCUUGCGUCCUCUAAGUCCCCUGCGUGCCUCAAGUACAAAGGACGACUGGUUGACGAAUGCUUAUACAUCUUGAAGUCUUAUUAAGUACGAACCCGUACUUAUUGCUGCUUCUACGGGAUAUAACCGGGCAGGUAUGAAGAUAUGUUCGAUGAAGAUGACGUUAGCAAGGUUACCCUUCCGGCUUGGCCUGGGCAGGGUUAUGGACGCCACUGGUUAUCUUCAGGACUCUUAGUCCAAUUUGUAUCUUGUCCGUACUCGGACAUAUUCGAUCUUCUGUAUGAUUUGGAUCUUUGUAUUGUA